CGUGCGCGCGUGCGACGACAUGGAGUACGCGCACGCCGCCGCCCCACGGUUCCUGGCUCUGGUCGCUCGCUGUCUCUUUUCUGGCUAGCUUCUUCUGCUCUUCUCUGUCCCUCUAUUCCUGAGGACCCGGAGGCUGGGCUCCUUGUCGAGGCUCGGUCGCCACCUGCGGGGUGAUUGCCUCCUCCUGGGGGGAAGGCGGGGAGUGUCACAGGCCGUGUGGAAAGGGGGGUCUUUCUCUGUCUCGCGUCCAACCAGCCGCAUGGGAGGCACCUGGAAGGUCUGAGGGGCUGGGAGACAAGUUACCGUGAAAAUGAUGCAUCCUGUUGCCAGCGGUAAUACUGCUUUCUGUGGGCCUGGCAAGGCUUCCUGCCUCAAUGAAGACAAUAUGAGAGCUGCAGAUCAAUUUGACUUAUAUUCCUCUCAACAAAGCAAAUACAGCCACACAGUCAGCCACAAACCAAUUGCUUGCCAGAGGCAAGACCCACUAAAUGAAACACAUUUGCAGGCUACAAGUGGCAGAAGCAUAGAGACGAAAGAUGAACUAAAGAAAAAGAAAAACCUCAGUCGAUCUGGUAAACGUGGCAGGCCCUCGGGGACCACCAAAUCAGCAGGAUACCGAACCAGCACAGGGCGACCCCUUGGAACCACCAAAGCAGCUGGAUUUAAGACAAGUCCAGGCAGACCUCUGGGUACCACUAAAGCUGCAGGAUACAAAGUCAGCCCAGGGAGACCUCCAGGUAGCAUUAAAGCUCUAUCACGACUUGCAAAUCUAGGUUAUAGUUGUGGCAGUGCUGCUUUUCCAUAUCCAAUGGUACAUAGCCGAGGAAUUCAUGGAAUUGGGGAAACAAGCAGCAAGGCCAAACAGCCCAAUGAGUAAAAGAGGCAGAAAAGUGAGAUCAUGGUUUUAAAUGAGGACUGAAAGGGUACCAAAGUCUUAAUGUUGGUUUGGUUAUGACAUACUUGAUUUAUGACUUGGGCUUUCCAAAUUUGUUGGUUUUUGUUUUGGGUUAGAAGACUGCCACAUGUUGACAGAUGUAACCAAGUAAAUACUGAAAGGGCAUGAGUAUGUUUCAGUGUUUGUACAUAGGAUUAAGAGUACUCUUAACUGAACUGUUUGUGUUUUUUCCCAUAGAGAGUGAUGCCUAUGUCUCAUGUUUCACUCCUACUGUUGAACCAUUUAAAAUGGAUAGUUAUGCACUAAGGAGUUGAAAUAAGCAGGAAACUGUUAUGCCUGUUGGCUCAUGAAAUAAGCCUGCAACAUAAUAAAGGUCCCAUCUAGAGGAAUUAUAACUGAUAAAGCAAAAUAAAUUAAUGAUUUCAUACUAUUUAAGAUAAAAAUUUUGUUUUGUAACAUUUGUUUCUAUGAAAGUUGGAAGCAUACAGCUGUCUACUCUUGCAAUUGCAUAGGCCUUAUAUGUUUGUCGAUAUUUGGAAAUUUGGGGAAAAAAAUUUUUAAAGAAUACUUAUUUCAGGCAGUUUCUUAUUUAUUGAACUAUAGCAUUAACUAAUUUAACUGAUGUUCCAAAAGUUUUCUUUAGUAUUUGCCUUUCAGUGAUGGCAGGUCAUUCAGCAGAACUCUUACUGGAAUCUGCUGUACAUUGUUAAAUUGCCUAUGAGCAUGUAUACCAAACACUACAAAUAAUAUUAAAAAAAACUAUUUUAUAAGUAACUUCAUAGUAAGUUUUUAACAUGAUACAAUUCAUUCUAAGAAUAGAAUAUUUAAUGUAAUAUAAAAAGAAGUAUUCUUAAAAGUCUGCAUAUAACUACAGCCUCUGUAUUUUGCCUUUUGUGUGCAUAGAUGGCAAUUGCUAACAGAUUUUAAAGAAUUCAUAUGUUUACACAUUAAAUUUGUUUUCUAUUAGUGUUGCAAAAUUUUUCAGAAUGAUUUUUUCUAGAUUUUCUGAGAAUAGUUUAUCCCAGUACAGUAGCAUUUAUACUGUUAUUAAGUUAUAUCUACCAAAGGACAUGUGUUUUAAUAAUUCAUAAUAGCAAGCUAGAAUAAAUAGUGCAAUUCACUGUACUGUUCAAAUUCAGAUAUUAAAAAAAUAUAGGGAUUGCAUCUAUGCAUGAAAGAUGGAAAAGUAUGUUGGCUGUUUAAAUGCGAAAUACCUUUCUGGCUCCAUUGAGACCACUUUGUCAUCCAAAAGAAAUGUUUCAUUUUCAGCUGUUUGUUUUAAAAACGAAACUACAUAUGGAAAAGUUUUAUCUAUCUGUAUGUGUGUGUGUGUGUGUAUGUAUGUGUGUAUAUAUAUGUGUGUAUAUAUAUAUACAUGCACAGUGUAUAUAUAAAUGUAUAUAUGGAGAAGGGGAAAAAUAACCUUUAUUCCCCAAUUUUGAAAACAACAUCUGUUACCUAUAUAUAUAUUUACUUUAUUCUGAAUAGCUCUAGGAUGAGUUAAACAUAUCAAACUUUGGGUUUGAAAGAAAAUUUCCACAAAAAUUUAGUUUACAUUUAGAAUGAACAUGUAAUUUCAAAUGUCUGUGAGACUUUAUGAUGGUUGUAGGUUUUGCAGGACCAGAAAGCUUUUGAAAUGCUUUAGAACUUUAAAAGUGAAUAAAUUGUGAUUUUCGGGCUUGCUAUUAUUUAAUACAAAAUCUGAUUGCAGUUAUGAUGUCAUAAGAAAUGGAUAUUAUAUUUCAUACCUUUCUUAUUAGGAAAAAGCAGCAAGCCUUCAGGUGUUCCAGUGAUGCCUAACACAUUAUGAGCUGGACUUUAUGCUGUGCUUUACAGUAAGAGGUGUUGAAUUAUAUGUGGGGACUAUGUGUGCACUGGCAGCUAAGACAUUGAACCUCAACAAUCUUAGCAUUGCACAGACCAUAUAGAACAAUUUUGGAUGGCUACAUAGAUUGAUUUGUGUAACCUAAUGGCAGCUAAAUUGCUACUAAACCAGGUUUUGAAUCUGGACAUAUGUUCUAUUUCUUAACAAACUUAAAGUGUAAAACUCUUAAUUAUUUACUCAGAACAAUAUAACUUCUGACACACAUAUGCUUUUAUUAUCAUUAGCACUCACAAUGUAAUUGUCAUUUAGUUGUUUCACUUGAUAAUGCCUAGCAGUGUUUUGAAAAUUUUUAAUUACUUUGGAAAAACAUCAAUUUAAUUGAAUGAUCUAAUUGUGGGUAUGACACAUUCCACUGGCAAGGAUUUGGUUGCAUGUUGCCUUUCUACCACUUCUUCCUUUCCUGUCAAUUUCUUUUCAUGCUUGAUUUUGUUUUUCCCUUUGUGCAUCUACACAGUGGUGCUGUACUGUGUGUCAGAAGGCAAUACAGAUGUAUUAUUGUUACACUAGCAUAAUGGACUUUGUAUUCCAAAACAUUGAAACAAUGAAAUCAGCUAAAGAAGAUAUGUUUAUUAUGGUGUUUAUUAAUGAUAUCAAGAAAAAAGGGGGCAAUGACAACAGUUAUAGACAACACAAAUUAGAACCCUACUUUUGCAGUUCAUGUGAAAGGCUGCCUAGAGAAUUGGAUUUGUGCACUGCUGAACAUCUCCUGAUUCCAGUUUCUUUUGAACAGUUUAUUGGUGCCAUGCUGAAGAGAAAGAAGUAUAAGAAAAUGAAGUUUAAAAUAUUAUUUGCUUCUAUAUAAUCUACCAUGUACAUCAUGGAUUUUUUCUUUCUUUUUUGGUAACACUGUCUUUUGUCAUGAUAAACACUGAAAUAGCAUGUUAAAAACUGCCUAUACUUGGAAUGGUCAGUGAUGAAAAAAAUGGCCUCCCCCCAUAAUAUGAUUGUUUUUUAAAACAUGAAUUGCUCAUUUUAUUCUAUGUAACUCUGCUUUUCAUAAAAUAGGAUUCACUGUUCUGUAUUAACACUGUUGGUCAGAAUAUGAUCUAAAGUACAAGUAAAUUGUUAUGUUUUUUCUCUUUUUCAAUAUAUUUUUAUGCCUUAUUUAUGAAUAAAUGAAUGCUUUAGUAUCUUAAAUAAGGAGCUAAUAAUAUGUUAAUUGCCCAUGAUUUGCCAACAAAAUGAAUUUUGCUUAAUUAAUCUUUAGGAUCUGAUGAUAUUACUUUCUCAAGUCUUGCACUGGAUAUUUAAAAAAUAUUAGUACCGCAUAUUGGCAGAAAAAACUAAUAAGACAUUGACAGAAGGCUGAUAUUUAGUAUUUUGGGUUCAGUUUUUAAAUUAGUUUUCAGAUUGACUAUUAAAAAACACUUCUUUACAUUAUUCUUUUUAAAGGUAAAGACUUUAUUCAAUUUGAUGAGUAUUUUGUAUGAACAAAUGCUGAUUAUAUCCACAAUCAUUCUAAAAUGGGAUCUGAUGAUCUUUAAGUUUCUUUAAAACAAAAACAAAGCUUGGAUCCAGUUGAUGAGUUAUUAGCCCAUUUUAAGGAUAACUUCAAAAUAUGAUCUAAAAAGAGAACUUUACUUUUACGUAUUAAAAAGCUUUAAAGACAAAUAAUUCAGGUGCUUACAGUAGUAACUGCAACUCUGUACGUCAUUAUUAAUAGAUGUAUAGUAAAAUUUUAUCACGCUUUUUCAGCAAAAUUGAAUAAUUCAGAACAUUUAUUCAAAAGAUUUUUCAUUUCUGGACAUGUUUUGUUCCCUCUAUAUUCUUAUAUUAUCAUAGUACAUAUAUUUUUAAAUAUAGCUUAACUAUGUUUAUAAACUCUAGGAUGUAUCAGAAUCUUUUUCUUUUCUUUUUUUGCAAGUAGAUUAUAUAAGCUUAUGAUUACAAGUAUUAAUUUCACUUUUGAAAAUUAAAUGAUAUAGUAGAAUUACUGAAAUUUGUUUUGUAAUCAGAUCACUUUGAUUCUUUAAUUUUUUACAGUUUGCUUUUCCCACAGAUAAUUACGGAUGAAAUAAUUACCAAUUAACUAAUAUCAGCACACUGUCCUCUGCUGUAAAAAGUCUGAUAGAUACUGUGUAUGUUUUUAUGUCCAUGAACUUGAGCUACUCGUGUGCAAUUAUGUGUAUAGGAAUGGAGUAGUGUUCAUGAUUUGUAUCUACAUCAUCAUAUGGAUGUAUAUUUAUUAAUAAAGUCAUUACCUUAAAACAA